AUGCUUUCUUGUUCCGUCGGAGAUGAUGAAGCACUUGAUGCCCCGCGUUCUUCAUAUGGCAACGAAAAACACUGUGUGCUUCAUAAAAUGAUAUUUACAAAUUUCAAAUCAUAUGCACAAAUUCAAGUAGUGGGACCUUUUGAUAACUCAUUUACAGCCGUCGUUGGUCCCAAUGGCUCUGGAAAGUCCAAUAUCAUUGAUGGUCUUCUUUUUGUAUUUGGAUUCAGAUCUUCCAAGCUCCGGCAGCCUAAAGCAAUCGACUUGAUUCAUUGCUCUGAAGAGUACCCGGUUCUUCCUUUUUGCUCAGUCAAGAUCGUAUUUCACUUAUUAGAUCGAAACAGUCAGUGUUUCAGCGAAUUUAUCGUUGAACGCAAAGUGUAUCGUGAUACUGGUCGCUCAGAGUAUCAUUUGAAUGGCACUGUUCGGUCUCUUUCUGAAAUCACACGCAUCAUGCAGCACGAUCUUGGCAUUGACUUAUCGCACCAUCGAUGGCUAAUUUUGCAAGGGGAGGUUGAGUCAAUUUCAAUGAUGAAGCCACGUUCGUUUUCCAGCUCUCCAAACGAAGAGGGGCUGCUAGAAUAUUUGGAGGAUAUCAUUGGCUCAUCUGCUCUUCUUCCAGAAAUAGAAAAUUGCGAAUCUUUGUGGAACGCCGCAUCUGUAGAGUCGAAUAUUGCGCAGGAAAAGUUGCAGCUCGCCGAAGCAGAGGUGCAAGCAAUGCGGCCUGCAGCGGAUGAGGCAUUACAGAGCAUCUCUCGAUUUAACGAGGUCCAAACCAAACGAAUUGCAAUCAUGAAAUCUUUGUUGCAGCAGUUGCACGAUUCUCAAAAGCGGUUACACGAACAAACAGAAAAAAUGCAUAAAAAGCAAACGACCCUUUCCACUGAGAUUGAGGCGAAAAAAAAUCAGAUUUCAGAACAUCGGUCCCGGCGCUUGAAAGAGGAAAACGAGAGAAGAUCAGUACAAAAUUUUAUUCAUUUGGAAAAAGGGAAAUUAGAGCAAACAGAACGAUCCGUGUUAAGGCAAAGGGAGCGCCAUGCGCUUACAAAGACAGCCCUCGACCAAGCGGAUCGGAAUCAUGCCAAGAUGCUGCAGAAACAAAAAGAGGCUGCCAACGCAGCUGAGGAUGCAAAGGAAAUUCCAGAAACCAUUUCCAAGCUUCAAUUGGAGCUAGAAAAGCAGCGAAACCUUUUGACUCCAGAGGUCAUUAAAAAAGAAGAUUUAGUUGCUCUUCGUCGCGAACGAGCCGUUGUUUUCAAACAGCUUCAAGACAUUGAAGUUUUGGAAAACGAAAAGAUCUCACUGAAAAAUGAAAUGGAUGCCAUCUCUAUAGACCGAAAUUUACUCAAUCAGAAAGAAAAUGAUGUAAAAGGGGAGCAUGAGGCCCUCACGAGAUCUCUCCCAGAUCUCUCCGUAUUGGUUUCUUCUAAAGAACAUGCAGUUAUGGAACUUGCCGCGGAAAUUGGCAAUAAUACUGAUGAUGUGGUGGAGGGCGAUAUGAGGUCUUUGGAAUCUAUCAUCUCCUCGAUGCCUGGGGUUAUUGGACGUCUCGGCGACUUGCUCUCGCUUUCUUCUGAUCAGUAUUCCAUUGCAUUUGAGCGGGCAGCGGGAGGUAUUCUUGAUAAUUGGGUAGUGGAGAGUGGAGCUGAUGGCCAGCGUUGUAUUGAUGAGUUGAGGCGUGGGCAGCUUGGUCGGGCUACCUUUGUGGUACUUUCAGAGCUACCAAAAGCCCCAAACUCGGCCUCAAAUUAUCCCGGAAAAGAGGACCGCUCUGUGAUCCGUCUUUUUGAUGUGGUCAAGCCACUCCAAUCGAGGUUCACACCUUUGGCGUAUUAUGCUGUGCGUGGAGAAACCCUUGUGGCGCCCACACUGGAUAUUGGCACACAUAUUGCAUUUGGAACUUCUCAGAGAUACCGUGUAGUCACCAUGAGCGGGGAACUCAUUGAGCCUUCUGGGGCCAUGAGUAGUGGUGGGAAUGGGGCCCCAAAAAGAAAAAAGCAGCCAUCUGCCUCAAUGCAUCAUCAGCGGCAGGAAUUAGCCAAACGGCGUCAAGAGCUUGAGCAGUCACAAGUGCUUCUUUUGGAGGCUACGCAGCGGAUUGAAGCCAUUGUUGGGGUUGAGCUUCCUGCGCUCAAGCAGCGCCUCGCCUCCAUGCAUGCGCGAGAAAAGGUCCUUUUAUUACGCAUGGAGGCUAUCAAGAACGAGAUAUCCCCAAAUAGUGGAAAGGAUUUGCUCGUUUCUCGAUUGGCUAAAAUUGAGGUAGAACUAAGUGCCCAUCAAAAGCAGGAUCCACAACUUGAACUUGUUCUUGAUCUAGAAGAACGUCUUCGCGAAUUAGAGGCUCGCAAGCGAGAUAGCAAUCCCACCGCUCAAAUGCAUGUUGCUGAACAAGCAUUACAAGAUGCAGCGAACUCCCUAGAAGCUGCUCGCCAGACGGAGCGGACAUCGUUUGGAUUACUUGUUGAAAUGGAAGAAAAACUUUCGUUGGCUAAGCAAAAGCUUGAUGCGAUAGAGCAAAAAGAGCGUGCUCAUAUACCUGCUCUCUCCUCUUCAAAAAGCGAGGAGGAAAAGUUAGAGUCAGCUUUGGCUAAAAUAGAGGAGCAUUUUGAAGAUCUUGUUCAAUCUCUAAGCGCCGCUCGUUCCGAAAUAAUAGAGCUGGGAAAGAAGAGCGAGCGCAUGACAGAGCUGCUUAGUUCUUCUGUUUGGGUUGUGGAUCCUGAGCGUCCGUCUGAGCGGCUCUAUUAUUCGGAAAAGUCGUUUCCAUUCCCUCUGGAUCAAUUACACUGCUCGGAUGAAGCCAUGUUAUCGCAGCUAGAGCGGCAGGCCGGCACCAUUUGGCAGACCUCGUUUGCGGGGGUGCUAUCUGCUUGGAAUGCACGAAGAGAGGCGGUCCAAGAUGCUAGUGCGCUAGCACAAGCAGCCUUUCAGGCUAAGGAGGCGGCUUGGAUGGCAUUUGAUGUCGCUAAACGCGCCAGGCUCGAUCUUUUCAUGUCAGGCUUCAGAGAAAUCUCUGACUGCCUCAAGUCUAUUUAUCAAAUGAUCACACUCGGGGGCAAUGCCGAGCUCGAAUUGGUUGACUCGCUUGACCCCUUCUCUGAAGGUGUGCUCUUCUCAGUAAUGCCACCCAAGAAGGCCUGGAAGAACAUUUCUCAGCUCUCUGGCGGCGAAAAGACGUUGAGCUCGCUUGCAUUGAUUUUUGCAUUGCAUGCGUUCAAGCCAACCCCCUUCUACGUGAUGGAUGAAAUCGAUGCCGCCCUGGACUUUCGCAAUGUUUCGAUCAUUGCCAACUUUAUUAAGCAAAAAACACAAAAUUCACAGUUCAUCGUUGUGUCGCUCAGAAAUAGCAUGUUUGAAGCCGCAAAUGUCCUUGUAGGUGUUUACAAGACACUUAAUUGUACACAAUCGAUAACGGUGCAGCGCGCGCUUGUUGACAUGUAG